AUGGGUCUUGUUGCUAAGCUGGCGGACAAGUCAGCGGCAGAGCUGUUUGAGGAGUAUUCAAUCCAGCAGCUCCAACAGUUAAAGGUACAACUAGCCGCUGAUGUCCAUAAUAAGAGGUUGGAACUGCGAACUUUGGUGGGGAACAAUUAUAGAGACCUUUUAAAAGUGGCAGACGACAUUAUCCAAAUGAACGAACUUGCCGACCAGCAAACCUCUCGUCUAUCUGAUCUGACGUACAGAAAAGCGAAAUACGAUGACAAAAGUCUGCGAAACUUUAAUAAGUUCUCCUCCGAGGUCCGAGCCAAUGCUUUGGAAAAAACCAAGUUCCGUAAUCGACAAGUGUUGUUGCGAAACAUUGUUGACCACCUGGAUUUUGGUCUCCAAGUUCUACGAGAAGAGGUCGAGGAAUUGCAAGCAGAAACGCGGGUUUACGAGCACGAGGAUGGUGAGAAUUCGCACGAGUCUGUUUCGCUACAGUUUGUUCAACUCGCUAAGCAGUUUUAUCUCACGGAGAGCUUUUUUGGGGACGAACUGAAAGGGACAUCGUAUGUGGUGGAGAAGUUUGGCAAAAUGAAACAGGAGUUUCUGCAAGAAUUGCGAACAGAGAUGGCCGAGUGCACUGGUGACGGUGAUUACGAGUUUGCUCUGCAUUUGCUGGUGUCGUACAUUUUUGUUGCACGAAGCCAGAUCCUCAAAGCUCUUGAAUGGUAUCUCGAUUUGCGUUAUGGCAAAGUGCGAGAAUUCGAGCUAAAACACGAUUUACACAAUUGUCUGAGCUACAUUUAUAACACGCUCAGCUACCUCGGGGUGUUCUGCUCAAAGCUUCCUACAACCCUGAUGCGCCAAGUAUACAGCUCAGCAAAUUCAAAUUGGGUCGCCAACACAGGUUUCAGGAAAUAUUCUCGCUGGCUCGAUAUACCCGCAAGUUACAAAGUGGAUUUCCCUCUUUCACUGAACGAGCUGAAAAAUAUACCGGAAGGAGAAGUGGACAAGAUCAGCGAAAAUUGGAAAAUCAAUGUGGGUGCUUAUCUCAAGGAACAAGUUGGUAACGACUUUGUUCAGUCGAGGGAUAUCGAGGCGCUUUCUUCCUCGCUUAGCAAAGUGCUUCAAUCCUUCAAGAAAUUCACUUCUCUGGUGGAUAUCAAAUAUGAAGAUUCGAGACUCUUGGAUAAUCUUUUAUCUGUGUGGAGGUCAGUUUUCUUUGAAUUUUUGGAAAGCAACGUCGGGAACUUCCAGAAUAUUUCGAAUUUGAUCUUGGAAACUUAUGGUAGCUCAGAUCUUUUGCAAUCGACUCGCACAACGUCUGGACUGAACCUAUUCCAGUACACCGAUCUCACCAACAUUGAUCUCUAUCUCUCGCAAAUCUCAAAUCCAUCGUUGUACACGAUUGACGCCAUUGUGACGCAGCUUGGUCAGUUCAAGCAGACUCUUGUAAUGGUGCUGGACUCACUUCAAAGCUUGUCGAAGUUGUCGUCUUCCUUGACAAAACAAGUCUUGUCAAUUGAUGACUACGACGAUGAUGAAUACUGGGGAAAGACGGCCGCUUAUCUCAACAAUUUAGUUGAUGAGGGUAUCUGCUUUGUGAUAGACCAGCUCAACAACCUGAUUACCGACUUCUUGAAGGAAAUCGGAAAGCUAGUUGAUUCAGGAGAGUCUUCGCCAAUUAAGCAUUUCUACAUCAUUCGAGUUUUAUGCCAGCUGAGGGAAAAUAUCAACAUCAACACGAUUUACGACCAUUUUAACCGCAUCUCUACUUCAGCACAAAAGUUCCAAACCUUGGAUUUGUCGGGCAUGGUCGAUGAGCUGCUACGAAAAAUAUUCAAACCUUUAGUGGUUAAUAUAUCCUCACCCUUCAAAAACGAGAUGAAACAGAUGUUAAAGAAAAGACCUACUGAGAAAUAUGCCGAAGUUGCUCUCUGGACAUCCAGUGAGCUCGACAUUCCAGUUCCAAAUGCGCCUUCGUUCGAAUUGGAAAAUGUUCUUUACAGAUUGAGCUGCAGUCUCACUAAUGUUGCUGAAAAUCCAAGCGAGGAUUUCAGCGAUGUUUAUUUCAGUGACACAUUUGCAGAAGCCAAACUGGAGCUCGUGGAUGAUCUCAUUGACUGUCUUGAAAUUGAAAAUAAGAAAUCGGACAACUGCAGAGACCAAAAAGAACGUCCAGAAGAGCACGUUGUGCCUGAGGAAAGCGACAUCGAGUCGGCUACAGAAAGGUCUGUGGGUCUGACUUCUCAAGAGCAGCAUUCUAUCGACUCUAAAACUAUAGCACUGCUGACUUUCGCAGACCUUGUGUUUCUAAAUUGCUUCAAAACGAAUCCACUUUCGGAGACCGCGUUAUUAGAUCAAGUGCAAAAAGGCCGGUCCAAAAUACAAGUUGACAAACUCGCAGAGAUCAAUCCCGACCUUGCUGACCUAGCAUACAUUCGGAACAUCUGCAAGGGCAUACUCGAUCAUUUCAAAGGAUGCAUGUUGAUGUUCGGUCCACUGUACUGA